GGGCUCCGCGCGGUCAUGGUGGCCCCGAUGUACGGGUCCCCCGGCGGCCGCCUGGCCCGGGCGCUGACGCGGGCCCUGGCGCUGGCCCUGGUGCUGGCUUUGCUGGUCGGGCUGUUCCUGAGCGGCCUGGCGGGCGCGAUCCCGGCCCCGGGGGACCGCUGGAAGGGCCACAGACCGGCACCACCCGCCUCCCGCAGCCGCUCGGUGCUUCUGGACGCCGCGUCGGGCCAGCUGCGCCUGGUGGACGGUCGCCACCCCGAGGCCGUGGCCUGGGCCAACCUCACCAACGCCAUCCACGAGACCGGGUGGGCCUUCCUGGAGCUGGGCACAAGUGGCAGCUACAAUGACAGCCUGCAGGCCUACGCAGCUGGCGUGGUGGAGGCCUCCGUGUCCGAGGAGCUCAUCUACAUGCACUGGAUGAACACCGUGGUCAACUACUGCGGCCCCUUCGAGUACGAGGUCGGCUACUGCGAGAAGCUCAAGCACUUCCUGGAGGCCAACCUCGAGUGGAUGCAGCGGGAGAUGCAGUGGGACCAGGACUCCGGGUACUGGCACCAGGUGCGGCUGACCCUGCUGCAGCUGAAGGGCCUGGAAGACAGCUAUGAAGGCCGCGUGUCCUUCCCAACUGGGAAGUUCACCAUCAAGCCCCUGGGGUUCCUCCUGUUGCAGAUCUCUGGGGACCUGGAAGAUCUAGAGCCCGCCCUGAACAAGACCAGGACCAGGGCCGUCCUUGGCUCAGGGUCCUGCUCCGCCCUCAUCAAGCUGCUGCCCGGCCAGCGUGACCUCCUGGUGGCCCACAACACCUGGAACUCCUACCAGCACAUGCUACGCAUCAUCAAGAAGUACACGUUCCAGUUCCGGGAGGGCCCCCAGGAGGACGCCCUCCUGGUUCCUGGGAAUCAGAUGGUCUUCUCAUCCUACCCCGGAACCAUCUUCUCCUGUGACGACUUCUACAUCCUGGGCAGCCAGCUGGUGGCGCUGGAGACCACCAUCGGCAACAGGAACGCAGCCCUGUGGAAGUAUGUGCAGCCCGAGGGCUGCGUGCUGGAGUGGAUCCGCAACCUGGUGGCCAACCGCCUGGCCCUGGACGGAGCCAUCUGGACAGACGUCUUCAAGAGGUUCAACAGUGGCACGUACAACAACCAGUGGAUGAUCGUGGACUACAAGGCCUUUGUCCCCGGACAGACCAGCCCAGGGGGCAGGGUGCUCACAGUCCUGGAGCAGCUCCCGGGCCUGGUGGUGGUGGCCGACAAGACCUCGGAACUCUACGACAUGACCUACUGGGCCAGCUACAACAUCCCGGCCUUCGAGACAGUGUUCAAUGCCAGCGGGCUGCAGGCGCUGGUGGCCCAGUACGGGAACUGGUUUUCCUACGACAAGAACCCCCGCGCCCAGAUCUUCCAGCGGAACCAGUCCCUGGUGAGGGACAUGGACUCCAUGAUCCGGCUGAUGAGGUACAACAACUUCCUGCAUGACCCCCUCUCGCUGUGUGAGGCCUGCAGCCCCCGGCCCAACGGGGAGAACGCCAUCUCUGCCCGCUCCGACCUCAACCCCGCCAACGGCUCCUACCCGUUCCAGGCCCUGCACCAGCGCUUGCACGGGGGCAUCGACGUGAAGGUGACCAACAUGUCCCUGGUGAAGGCGCUGGGCCUGCUGGCGGCCAGCGGGCCCACGUGGGACCAGGUGCCGCCCUUCCAGUGGAGCACCUCGCCCUUCAGUGACAAGCUGCACAUGGGCCACCCCGACCUCUGGAAGUUCCCACCCCUGAAGGUCUCCUGGGGCUGAGCCCGUCGCCUGCUGCCCCUGCCCUGCUGGCCCAUAGGCACCCGCUGCCCCCGACCUGCCACAUCCCUGCCACUCUGCCCCGCUGCCCCCAAGCUGGGCUGGGGCUGUCUGGGUCACUCCUGUCCUGGGGUCUCUUCUGAGGGCUGGGCACAGACCCGAGGGACUUAGAAAGACUCAGGGUCCCCACAAAGUGGGUGGCAGCCCCUGUGCCAUCUCCCUCCCUUCCUCCCGCUUCUGUUUCUGCCACCUCGGGGACUGUCCUCGUGCUCUGUCCACCUGAAGCUGAGGGAGAGUCCUGGGCUGGGGCCCUGGACUUCUACUGGGCUGGGAAGCCUGUUCCAGCCCAGCCUCCAGCCUCCUGCCUCCUGAGCGGCCUGGGGCUGGUGAGGGGCAGCCCUGGGGUCUAGGCACAUCUCUGGCUGGUGUCGCUGCCCCUGCCCCCCACCUCUCGCCUGCUCCCUGGACAGCUUCCUCAAAGACAGAAACUUGAAACAAAACCAAAGUUUCUGGCCACUGGCGGUUGGAGGGUCUCGAGUGCCCUCUGUCCCCGGACAGGUGGGAGUGUGGCCCCAUGUUCCUGCCUGGUGUCCACCCCUCCAGGGCCAGGGGAGGUGGACUGCAGGCUGUGCCGCCAUUAAACUAGAGAGGCUGUGGCUGCUGUGCCGCUUGGGUCGCAGGCAGCACCUCCCUCCCUGGCCUGGGCCCUGCAGCGUCCACCGUGCAGCCUGCUCAUCCUCCAUCUGUCUGUCCAGUCACUCACGUGCCAGCCCACCUGCCCUCGUCCUUCCUCACGGCCAUCCCUCUGUCCCUCCCUCCUGUGCAGCCAUCAGAAAGGACUUGUUGUCACCUCCACAGUGGGUGGUGCCACCUUUGUCCCCCUCUGUUUCUCUGCAUCUGCUUCCUUCUCUGUCCAUCCGUGCCACCUUGGGGACUCCUUCUGUCCCAUGCCCUGUCCCCCCUGAAGGCCUCCACCUUGCACCUCUAGCCAUCUGUCCACGUGUCCAGCUGUCCCAGGGGCCUUAGAAGCACCUGCUGUGUGCGGGUCCUUCCUGAGCCCUGCUGUGGGGCACAGACCAGUGUGGACAGCUCUCCCAUCUGACCUCGUGUGGCCCGCCUGUGACAAGACUCCUGUGCUCCCCGCCCGGGGACGGACAGGGAUAGCGUGCAGCCCCAGAGUUUCACCCCUGGGCCCACUAUGCUGGCUGUAGACUCCCCUCUGAGCCCCGGCCACCUCGUCUGUAAAGCAGGCAGUGACACUCCCCCGGACUGUGACCAGGGUCCCUGCACGGGGCCUCGCACUUCACAUUACCAACCUCUGCUGACCCUCAGCACCGUGGGAGGCCCCGGCACCUUAAAGGAGAAGGUCCACAAGGCUCCCCGCUCCGCGAAGCUCGCCCCCGGGAUGGAGACAGCCGCUCGGGGAGAAUAAAGCGCAGUAAGGCUGAUCCGCCUUCUCACUGGC